AUGUCCAUGGUUGAAGGGAAAUGGACGGCUGAAGAAGUUGAGCAGAAGCCACCCUCGGUCGCUAAGCACGAAUUGAAUAUGAAGCUAUGGAAGGAAGCAUUUGCGCAAGUUGUUCAGUUGAUGAAAGAGGAGAGCAAUUGUCAGUCUCUUGAAAGCGGCAAACUUACAUCUUUUGCUGACGUGGUGCAAGCGGCUGUAUCCUUUGACCAUGAUGGUCAAAUCUGCAUGAAUUUUGAUGAAGACGAUGAAUUAUACGAUAUUGUAGGUCUACAGAAGCAGGCAAAGCACUGUGAAGAACAGUCUGUCCGCUCAAGACAUGGAAGUAGCGCUAAUAAUUAUGACGUGCCGACCAUGGCCAUCUGUAUCAUGGUCGUCGGUACCCAUGGUGACGUGUUGCCUUUCGUCGCAAUCGCUAAGAGACUCAUUAAUGACGGUCACCGUGUGCGGCUAGCAACGCAUGCGAUCUAUAGAAAUUUCGUUACGAGCCAAGGCGUAGAAUUUUACCCACUAGCCGGAGACCCGAAGGAGCUCUCAGCUUACAUGGUCAAGACUGGUGGCCAUUUAAUUCCUCUAAAUUUGGGAACAAUUCACAAAGAUGUGUCACGAAAUCUACAGAUAAUCAAAGAAAUUAUAUACUCUACGUGGCCAGCAGUGUCGGAAGCCGACCCUGAUGGUGAAGGCCCCGGCAUUCCUGGAAAACCCUUUCGUGCUCAAGCCAUCAUCUCGAAUCCUGUCACAUAUGGACACAUCCACGUGGCAGAACGUCUUGGCGUGCCACUUCACAUCAUGUUCCCACAGCCGUGGGUCCCUACGACAGCGUUUCCUCAUCCACUAUCUAACAUGCCGUACACUGGCAAGGCCAAAAAGGUAAACUAUAUGUCGUACAAGAUGAUCGAUCUUUUGAUGUGGCAGGGGACAGAAAAAAUAGUGAAUGCGUUUCGGAAGGAAAAGUUGCAGCUACGUAAAAUUCGCGCGGGAGAAGGCGGUCGCGAUAUUCUACUGGACUUAGCAAUUCCCCAUGCGUUCAUGUGGAGUCCCCGACUUGUGCCCAAACCAAAUGACUGGGGCGACAUAUAUGAUGUCGUUGGAACAGUUACUCUCCAAAGCCCAAGCUCAUCGUACACACCUUCCCCCGAACUUGAAGCAUUUCUAGGUAAUGAUCCUGGACCAAUUUUUGUGGAUUUUGGAUCUAUGGUUCUGCAAGACCCAAAAGGUGUCACAAAAAUGAUUAUCGAGGCUUCAGUGCAGGCACGCGUUCGUGUUUUAAUUCAGUCAAGUUGGAGCGAUAUGGCAGGAGAUUUGACAAUCCCAAACAACAUUUUCUUUCUUGGAAGCUGCCCACAUGAUUGGCUUAUGCGGCGUGUGUCAGCUGUCGUGCAUCACGGUGGGGCAGGCACUACAGCAGCAGGACUGCUUGCAGGUAAACCUACGUUUAUCAUCCCGUUCUUUGGGGAUCAACCGUUCUGGGGCCGUGCUGUGUUAGACGCUGGAGUUGGCGUUGAGCCUUGCCCAAUUUCCCAACUGACAACAGAAAAACUUAGAGCUGCCUUUGAAGCGCUGCUGCGUCCGAAACUAAUUGCACGUGCAAUCGCAAUUCGUGACCUCAUGCGACAAGAGGAUGGUGCCGGUGAAGCUGUGAGGUGCUUUUACCGCAACCUGCCUCUUCACCUCAUGCAGUGUGACUUGAAUUGUGGACAAGCUGCAAAGAUGUGGAGUCAAAAGGACAAAAUUCGGCUGUGUGAUAAAUGCGCAUUUGUAGUGAUGUCGCGUCCUGAAAAUUCGCCGAAUGAUUUUGUCGAGUACAAUUACGUGGACUACUCAGCGCAUGGCCCAGAAAGUGUAUGCGAAGGUGCAGCUGCUGGAGUAGGCGCACUCGCUCAUGUGUUUGGAUCGGGUGUAAAAGACGUGAUUGUCAAGCCUGCACAAGGGUAUCGCGAAGACGGCGCAAAAGGCGCAGUGGUUGGCUUGGUCAAAGGCCUAAGCGGACUUCUAAUUAGCCCGUUAAAAGGUACAGUGGUCUUUGCUGACCAUUUUGCAACAGGAGCGUACAAUAGCGCUCGCAGUGGUGAGGAUAGAAAGGGCUCUCUCAUUGCAGACAACAAAAAGCUUUUAAAUGCCAUUGGUAUUAAGACGCAUAACAGUGUUCACAUUGGCUCUAUGAGCCCAGAUGAAGUGGUGGUCGGAAAUGAUUUACUUUCUGCACAAAUUGCUGUUCACUUAACAGCCGAGGAGAAAUCGAUGCUGACGAAAAGAUUUCUGGCGCAUAUGGAGGAACAGAAAUCUCACGAAACAUUAAACAAUGGUUCUUUGAAUAGCCACUUAUCGGGUUCGACUAAUACAAAAGCUUCGACCAAGAAUAAACAUGUCGCUGAACCCUCUGAUACAAUAACGUUAAACAGCAGCGAUCCGAUCGAAAGUUACUUAGACGAUACUGUAUCAUCCUGCGCUAUCGAUGAAGAUUGCAAAGAGAAUGAGACUCAAACUAAGCGCCUGACAGAUCUGAAAUAUGAUAUGCUGCCAAGGAUGAAUAUAUGCAUGAUGACAACUAGUACUUGGAAAGACAGUGUUCAGCAAUUUGUCGCAAUUGGCUUGCGGCUGAAAGCGGAUGGCCAUCGAGUACGAAUCGCGACAAGCAGCGACCACCGGGAUCGCAUUAUUUCUGCUGGCUUGGAAUUUUAUCCACUUGGAGGCAAUGCCUCAACUACGCAGAAUUUCUUGCAACACUUGUACCAACGAAGCCAAACCCAGCCACGCCACAUGUCUAGUUUGCUCAAUCUAGCUUAUACUAAAUUGAGUUGUCAUCACGAGUCGUUUCCUGACGUGCAUGACUUGCGCGAACUAGUAUUUUCGCUAUGGCCGGCAUGUGUUGAAGUAGAUCCUAUGAUGCCUGGUAGAGCAUUCCGCGCGGACGCCAUCAUCGCACAUCCUUAUGUAUUCGGGCAGACCGUGGUGGUUGAACGCCUCGGUGUACCCCUGCACUGUCUUAGUCAUGAUCCACAGUCACGCACACAAGCCUUUCCUCAUAUCACUAGCUCAAACAUGAAACUUCAUCGACCGUACCGAUACGCACCUACAAACGCAGCUUCGUAUGAUGUAAUCAACAAUGUGCUGUGGAAUAAUUUGUACGAUAUCCUGGAUGAGUUCCGCCAUUCUCUGGGUCUUACUGACAAGACGGUUUCAAACAAUUUACUUGCUGAGUGGAGUAUUCCUCAUACAUAUUUGUGGAAUCCGGCGCUUUUGCCGCAGCCACACGACUGGGGAAGCGAAAUCACAAUAGCUGGAUAUAUAGAAUUGACAGAGGUUGAAUCUGAGGGUGCUGACAUUGUUGCCAUUGAACAAGAGCUGCGAUCUUUUGCUUCAAGCUCUGCUGCUACUCCGCUCAUUUACUUUGGAUUUUAUUGCGGUGACUGGGAUCCGCGUCGCGUACAAGAUUUACUUGAUAUUGUCGGACUAGCUGCUCGGAAAGCAAACGUUCGAGUAGUCUUUCAAAGUUACGAAUACGACAGCGAAGAAACUGCGAUUUUUGUUGGUGGUACAGAUGUUGUGUUUGAGAUCGAUCAGCAUUUUCCUGUGAAGCGCAUUCUUCCUUAUGUACACGCCACUAUCCACUGGGGAGAUACCUCAAUCUCCUCAAUUUGCUUGGCAGCAGGGAAGGCUGCGUGCGUGAUCCCACGUAAUACUACACAGCGAAUGUGGGGACAAGCAUUAGUUUUGUCUGGAGCGGGAAUUGAACCGCUAGAAUUGGAUGCACUGACUCCGACCAACCUCGUCCAUGUUUUCCGUGUGCUACUGGAUCCUAAGCUUGCUCACUGCGCUAAGCGCCUUGCUUUAACUUUCUCAUCAUCGAAUGCAGUUGAGACAGCAGUAUCGGCCUUUUACAGCAAGUUGCCCCUAGCAGGAAUGAGUUGUGAUCUGGAUCCAUCACGAAUUGCUCGCGUUUACAGUCCGCUUUACCGAAUGAAGCUUUCGUAUGAGGGACAACUAGUUGUGCACCAGAUCACGAAAGAUACAGGUAGUGCAGGCGACUUGAAGUACAAGCCAUUAAAGUACUCACAGUACCACCCUCCAAGAUACUCUUUACGAGAGUUGGAAGCAUUUCGCUCGGCUUCAUCAAACAGUAUGAAAGUACAGCCAAGAACGAAAGGAUCAUACACAUACGAUCCUGCCAGUGAGGAAAUGGCACCCAUAGUCGAAAAUAAUCGCAUAUCGUUCACUAAAACCUCCCCAUCCACGGCUACACUAUUUGGGAAUUUGAUCGGUACGAAUCGCAACAAUUUUUCUCGUGCACAGUCUAUGGCACUGAACGUGGUGGAAACUUCAGCAUUUUGGAAUUCACCCGAAGAACAAUUAAAAUUCUCUAAGGAGAUCAACGCUCAAUAUGAAAAACUGCUGGCAAGUGAAACCCACGCGGUUUUCGAAAUCAGAGUAUUGUUCGCAAUUUGCUGCGAUCAAGGACUAAAGUCAGAAUGGUUGUCUAGUAAUUGUACAUCUUGA